AACGCACUGAGCAUGUCAAUGGAAAACGCCAUUAAAUCUUUCGUAAUAGAGCAUGCGCGAAAUUUGACAUGAAUUUGACAUUGACUUUUGACAAAGAUGUAAUUUAUAAAUAAAAAAUAUAGAAAAAUACAAUUUUACAGUUGUUGACAUUUGACUCUUUGUUGACUAAUUUUGUUGACGCGCUUAAUUUUCAGCAGGGUGUGCCAUACUGCCAUUCCCAUAAAUAAGAGGGACAUUUAAACCAAAUCAAUCAUGGUGUUACAUUCUUGUUGGUCCCCUUGCAUUUGGACUGAUGAUUUAAAAACUGGGUGCAAUGCAAUAGCAUAUUAUACAGGUGCGAUGAGUAUAGUUUUAAUUACAUUCAUCAUAUUCAACAUGGCUGGUGGAGACUCCACACAGUUGUACAACCCCUUGUUUGAAGCAGACGUACGAUUGUCUAUGCAAGUAAUAGGAGGAUUGCUUAUUGUGUACUUUUUGGCACUUAUUGCCUCUGCUGUUGUGCUUGUUUGGGGGAUAAGACGGUUAGUAAGAGGAUUUAUGGUGCCCUGGAUGACGUUAUUUGGGAUAGCCAUACUGUUUCAACUCGUUUUUGGUUUGUGGCUAGUCGGAGGUUAUUAUAUUUAUCUUGAUACUGUAUUAUACUCCCUGGUAAUAUGGGGUUGGAUGGUUUAUAACGCAUACUGUUGGCUUGUAGUCUAUUCACAAUACAAGGUUAUUAAAAAGAUGCAAUCUCCAAAUAUUGAAUUAUUAUGGCCCUAAAUCGUUUUUUUAUCUAUAAAUUUACAAUGUCCGUCCACAAAUUAGACUAAGAUCUUAUUAGAUUAAUAA